AUGGCCGAAAGCAACGAUAACCGAUUCGUGGCCAAGGUGCCCGACGUCGAAGACCGCCUCAAGGCCGACACGGUCGGUCUGGUCACGCUGGACGACUUCCGCAAGCGUCGAGCGGAGGCAGCAGAAGGUGGGAGUGGAGCGACCACGCCCGAUGGACGCGAAGGCACGCCAAAAGCCUCAUCCAGUGGGAAUGCUCCUUUCAAGAAGCGCAAGAAGGCAGCAGCAGUGAAGAAAGGCGGUCUAUCCUUUGGCGGUGACGACGACGAUGAGGAGGAGGAGGCUGGACAACGAACAGGCGAAGAUGGCUCGGUCAGAGUCAGAGCCAUAUCGGCCAACACACUCGCUGGUCAACCGCCUGGCGAAGAUUCGGACACUUCUGCGACCAGCGCUGCCUUCAAGAAGAAGAAGAGCCUCCGACCGAAUGCGUCCGUCGGCCUGCAACCGAAAGCGCUCACCAAAUCGGCACUGCUCAGGGAAGCUCAGCUGAAAGAUGCGUUGAGAAAAGAGUACAUUCAGAUACAAGAGGCGGUCAAAGCGACCGAGUUCAUCCUGCCAUUCGUCUUCUACAAUGGCAAAAAUGCUCCAGGCGGCAAAGUCAGACUGAAGAAGGGCGACUUUGUCUGGCUAUUCUUGGAGCGAGCCAGGAAAGUUGGUGCUGAGCUGGGCAAAGUAGGAGAGCGAGGGCGGAAAGACUGGGCCAGGAUCAGUGUGGACGAUUUGAUGGUCGUCAAGGGAGACUUGAUUUUGACACAUCACUACGACUUUCAUUACUUCUUCCUCAACAAAAGCACCGGCUAUAAUGGCCGCCUCUUCAGCGACUCCUUCUCCGCCGAGCCCACGACCGCAACACCCAAGCACCUUCUUCCUUCCAAAGACGCCAGCUCGACUGACGAUGCUCCAGCCGAGACUGUGGGAGUACAAACCGCGGCGCAACUCCGCCAACAAAAGGCUCGUGAAUCCGCAGCCGCCCUUCCCGACUCUGAGCUGGAAGGCUACAGCGAAGAUCCGAGUCUGACCAAGGUCGUGGAUAGGAGAUGGUACGAAAAGCACAAACACAUAUACCCCGCCAGCACCUGGGAAGAGUUUGAUCCCGCUCGAGAAGAGGAAUACAAAAAGGGCGUCAGGAAAGAUCGGCAAGGCAAUAGCGUCUUCUUCAACCGGUAA